ACUUACUCCUUCUUUCUCUUUCUUUCUCAAUAUCUAGACAAGCCAAAACCAACAUCAACAAAAGCAGAAUCUUCCCAAUUGCAGAAACCCCCCUUCUCAGCCUUCUCUUCACCUUCUCUUUCCCAAAACUCAUGGAACGUUCUGUCAUCGAACGUCUUGAUUUUGGGAAGAUGGGAUACGGGUGCAAGCAUUACAGAAGAAGAUGCAGGAUUCGAGCUCCAUGUUGCAAUGAGCUCUACUCUUGCCGUCAUUGUCAUAACGAGGCAACGAGCAUGCUGAGCAAACCUCUUGAUCGUCACGAACUCGUUCGCCAGGAUGUUGAACAUGUUGUUUGUUCAGUUUGUGAUACAGAGCAGCCAGUUGCCCAAGUUUGUACAAACUGCGGUGUCAGAAUGGGAGAAUAUUUUUGCAGCAUCUGCAAAUUCUUCGAUGAUGAGACCGGGAAAGAACAUUUUCAUUGUGAUGAUUGUGGGAUAUGCAGAGUUGGUGGUCGUGAGAAUUUUUUCCACUGCAAAAAGUGUGGGUCUUGCUAUUCAAAUGGUCUGCGUGAUAAUCAUUUGUGUGUGGAGAACUCCAUGAGGCAUCAUUGUCCCAUUUGCUAUGAGUACCUUUUUGACUCAUUGAAAGACACUGCUGUUAUGAAAUGUGGUCACACGAUGCAUUCUGAAUGUUACCACGAGAUGAUAAAGCGUGACCAGUAUUGUUGUCCCAUAUGCUCCAAGUCGGUAAUUGACAUGUCUAGGACAUGGAAGAGAAUUGACGAAGAGAUUGAAGCAACUGUCAUGCCUGAGGACUAUCAGAACAGAAAGGUUUGGAUACUCUGUAAUGACUGCAAUGAUACAACUGAAGUUUACUUCCACAUUAUUGGGCAUAAAUGUGGUCACUGCAACUCAUACAAUACUCGUGCAAUAGCUCCUCCUGUUCUUCCUCAAUGACUAGAUUCUUUUGAUUUUCGAGACAGAUCUUUUGAUUUAUGGCUCAAUUAUUGUAGAGCCUAAUUUGAUUCAUGAUCAUCAUCAUCAUCAAGAUUAAUGAUGUAUUGUGGCCUAAAUUUUCUUGGACUAGUGGUAAUGUUAUGAGCCACUAAUUGGUCUGAUGCAAACAUGUGUAUACAGGGCAAUGUGUUUGAACAUCCCGAGGGGCUAGUAAUUGUGCUUGCCAGUGAUGCAUUGAUGUGGGGGAACACUGAUUGUUUUUGUGUUACUGAACUGAAUUCAUUCAUCACAAUAUUGGU